AUGAAUCGUUUUGGUGAUAUCGAUUUUUCAUUUAAAAGACUAUCACCUGUUUAUGGUUAUCAUGCUGAAGAACUUGUUUCAAUUGAAAAAGCACUAAAACCUAUCGAACCUCAAAUCAACGAACUAUCUCGUUUUAUAACAAUAGCUAAAAAACACUGUCAUUUUCCAUCGGAACAUGGACUAACACAGGAUCAAUCAGCAGCUGUUUAUAUUUAUACAAUGGAAUGGGGUAAUACAACUUUGUAUCGUAUUUUAAAUAAAGCAUUACGCUCCGAAAAUCGACAAGAAUUAAAGAUAUGGUUUUCAUAUUUAAAAUUAUUUGAUACAGCAUUGGAUAAGUUACCUACUGUUAAAGAGGUGGUAUGGAGAGGUGUGCCUCUUGAUAUUGGCAAAAGCUUCACCAAAAACCAAAUUGUGACGUGGUGGACUAUUAAUUCAUGUUCAUCAUCAGUAAAUGUUAUUAAAAAUUUUCUUGGCAACGACAAAAAUUCAACGCUGUUUUUAAUUGAAACCAUUAAAGGAAUAAAAAUUUCUGGAUACACAGAAUAUGAAAAUGAAGAUGAAAUAAUUCUACGAAUGGGCUCACAAUUUCGCGUGAAGAGCGAUACUUUAGAUCAAUUGCAUGGUUCACAUGUCGUACACUUAAUCGAGAUAGAUGAUAACAAUGAUCAACCAUUAGCAUCGAUUAUGAAUGAAAUACAAUUAGCUGCAAAAUCAUCACAUACAAGUACUUCGAGUAAGUUAUUCAUUCUUUUUCUCAAUGAAAUGGUGUUUUAUAUGAUACAUAUGUAUAAAGUAACCAAAAAAUGUCUGAAUAUUGAUUCAUUUCUAUAUGAUAAAGAAAGAAAUUAGAUAAUUGUAUAAAAAUCUUUAAAUAAUGCAAAGUCUACGAUGUUAAUAAAGAAAAACUUCUACUAACGAAGUUUCGAUAAAUAAAAAAUAAUAUUUGGUUAUUUUUUCAAGAAUUGUUUUCAUCAGGAUGUGGGUGGGUGUAGGUGUCGAUGUGGGGUAUGGGUGGAAAAUAAGCGACGAUCUACAUGCAAACUCAUACCCCACACCCACACCCUCAAAUUAAUCAUUGACCGAAGUUAUUAUAAAUCUAUGAUUUAGAAGCUUGCUUUUCAACUUGGAGCUGGUGUUAAAUAUCUUCCUGUUCCUAAAUCUGCUUUUACUUAGUAUUUAAUCGAAUUGGGAACACUUAGAGUUAAUAGAGACAUACUCGUCUGCUUUAAUUUAAAUGUAUUGUUCUUUGGACAAUAUGUUAGUUAAACGAGUUAUGUCAAGUGACAAUUCUCAAAUUUAUUCAUUUUAUGUCAACGCAUUAAAACAGAUGUUUUGUUCAUGUUAAAGCGCAUUCAAUCAUCUAAUCUAUCAAUUGGGCACGUUUUGACAUACUCAUAGAUCCAAUAUUUCCCCUAAACUAGUGAAAACGCCUUGGUAGCAAAAAAUUAUAGUUUUUACGCGUUUAAUUCUUAAAUUUGUCGAGUGAACGAGUUUUAAAGCGUUAGUUUCUCCAGUUUUUAGAUUCAACACGUGAAAGUAGCGUGUGUAACGUUUAUCUGUCUGUAUGGGUAUCACCAUGCUACAUUAUAGCAUUUUUAUUAUUUUUUUUUGCAUAUACUUCGUAUAUUUGAUGAUUAGUCAAUUUUUUUCAUCAUAUAAGUUAAUACAUUUGUGUACUUCUAAGAAGCUGGCAUAUAUUUCAUAGAAUCAUUUAAGUAUUAUAUCUUUGUAUGUUAAUGAGAAAUUUUAUAAAUACUCGUUUGAUUAUCAAACUUUCUGUCGAUAAGAACAAAAGAGUUUCUUUGAUUCUAUGCGUUUAUAUCUGUAGAUAUGAUGGAUCUAUGGGCCAAACUAAAAAAAGCAGCAGUGCAGAAAAAUUCCGUGCUUAUAUGCUUUAUAAAGGAUGAGAUGAUCAAAAGCUGUCGGACGAAAGUUUUAUUUUCUUAUAUGAGAAAUUAUAGAUCAUUUUUCGAUAAAGAAAUUUCGAAUAGAAUUUUCUAUUGAGAAACUGUUUUGCUCAGAAUAGAUGCACUAAAGUGAUUAAUUAACGUUUUAACUGCCAAUAAAAAUUGAUUACAGAAAAGCGAAGAUAUAUUACGAAAUGAAGUUUGUGUUGGUCUAUUGAAUCUGCAUUCAGAAUAUCGAUUCAACCUAAAAUGUUCAACAGUUUCACUUUGAUAGUUUUCUCUUUCUUGCAAAGCAUAGACAGGAAAUAAAGUAUUGCAAUAGAAUGAGAAAAUAAAUGAAGAAAUUAAAAAAAAAACUUUCUUAAUCCAACCGAUUAGACAUUUUUUAAAGAAAGCAUGUGUGUGUGAGUGUAUGUGUGAGUAAUGAAAGCACCACCGCCACAAUCUUUUUUGCAAACUUUCUGACUUGUGACAGGAACUAAUCGAGUUUUCAGUAACCGCUAUUACUAUUUCGUUUGUGAAAUAGUUCUAUCGUAUAAGAAGUUCACAAAAUCGAAGGAAGAUAUGGUUCAAAUUUUAUAAAAAUUAAAGAUGAGUGUAGUUUCCAAACUUGCACAAAGUUAAGAAAAUAAAACUGAUAGUUUACUAGAAAUGAGAGAAAUAUAUAAUGUAAACAAAUAUCUGCAAACCAAUGAAAGAUGUACUCCAAGUCUAAUUCAAAGUAGAAGAAAGUCAAUAUCAAAUUUAUAAAACAAGAGAGGAUAUCCUUCCAUAGCUCUUUCUUUAUCGUUGACACGUAUAUGAAUGUAAAUAUCUUACUUGUUAUUCAGAACAUCUUGAGAAAGGUGCUGGCAUGAAAUGUGGAUGUGAAAAGCCUGACGUGCAUCCACGCUGACAUCCCAAAUGAAUAGAUAACUAUGUUUAUAGCAGUUCAAAAUUUUAAGCAUUUUGGAAUCGUGAUAUUCACAUUUCAUAAUUAGUAGGAAUGUGAGAUAUGUCACUCCUUGUUAAUCUUCCAACAAUAAAUUCACAAAUUAGUCAAAUUAUUCAAUGUGAAUUAAAAUUUUCAAAUUAGGAAUAGCAACAGAAGAAAGUUAAUUAAAAUUACUGGAAAUAUAAAAACAACUUGUCUAAUGAAAUUUUCGUAAACAGAGACUAACUGAACAAAAUUGUACGUUUUACAGUCAUCGCUUGUGCUCGGUAUCAAAGAAUGAUAAAGCAUGUUUUUAUUCAUAGAAAUAGACAAUUGCGUGAGAAUUGAAUGAUGAAUCUUCUUAUGAGAAUACAUUGUUUCGAAAUUGUCAUUCUGUGUCAAAAUAACUCGAGUUAUAACUCUACGUGAAAUAAUUAAAUUUUUUAAAAUGACAUAUUAUCACAAGCAUCUCUAUUCAAAGCAGUGAUUACGUGAUGUUUUCAUUUGAGGAUUAUAUAUUUCACCGACAUGCGACCUUAUUGUGCUGUGAAAUAUGUGCCUUACAUUGUCUACUGUUGAUAUUUAUUUUGGAUAAUGCAUGCAACCAAUUUUAUCAUUCCGUUGUCGUUACUACAUGUAUAUGAAUAAUUAAAAUUGUGUUGUUAUUUCUACCGAGUUCUUGAUCAUGAGAAAUUUUAAAAAGUGAGACAAGAGUCUUAGAAGAUUAAUUAUGAGCAUUCGUUUUAAUAGAAUGGUUGUUAAUCGCCAAAAUCCUACUCGAGUUCUAUAUUACUUCUGACCUCGAGAACUGUUCCAACAGUUCUUUGAAGUAGUUCACAGAGAUGCGAUCAACUUGGUUUCAGAUCGAACCAUACUGAACCAAACCGAAACUGGUUUUGUUGGAACAGUUGAAAACCGAAGUGAGUUUGGCUCGGUUCUAAAGAAACAUGAACCAAUCGUAUCUCAGGCAGUUCACUGAACUUAUGAACAACAGCUGCUGUCGCUUAUCGUAAAAAAAGCCGAGAUCUUAAAAAAGAAUAAUUGCGUAGAGUUGGGAGCUCUCGUAGAUCUAGUCGUAUUGUAUUAUAUUAGUCGACUAUGUAAAUAAAAAUUAUAUUCGACUCUAAGAAAUCAAAAUGUACUUGAGAUAUCCUUUGUAAGACUUUUAAAGUUUUCUCUCAUUUUCAUAAGUGAUUCUAAUCAAAUUGAGAGAUUAAUUAGAUUUAGAGAGAUAUAUUCACCCUACAGAAACUAGAAAUUCGAGGAAAUUGAGUAGAAUUUUCUGUUUUGGGCGCCUAUAUCGAUAUUACAUGUAUUAAUUUUUGUAAACGUUGUCUACGACAAGAAAAGCAGUUUUCGUUUUUGCUCAACAUAUACCCAGAUUUUCGUGAAAUAACAACAGAUUUUCCCUACAAUUUUAAAUCGACAUGAAUGGCAUAUGAAACCUUUGUUUUUGAUUCCAUGUAUCCAUCUAAAAUGUGAGUAGAAUGUCAUCGGAUAUUCAUAGUUAACAGAAUCGAAAGGAUGAGCUUCUUAUUCAGAAAAGACUUUCUUCUGAGGAGUAGAUGCCAUCUGUGAAGAGACUUAUUUCUUCACUCUGAGAUAACAAAGAUUAAUCCUUUUUGUAACAUCUUUUCGAUCUGUGA